UUGAGAGUGACAAAGAGCCAGCGAGGUUUGGAAACAUAAAGCGUGAAGGAGACCGUAGCAAGUAAGAAGAAUGAAACCACGCCUCUGUCACUGUUCGUUAUUGUAAUGAUAGAUCUCUGUUUGAUCCUCUAAUUUUUAGAAAAAAAAAAAGAAAAAAAAACGUCGUCUGGUUAAUGCCUGUGAGUCACCCAGCGGUUGCAGAAGAAGACAAUGAACAGAACGAGAGCGGUAAUGAUAACAACAACAGCAACAAGAAGGAGAAAGAGGAAGAUGAAGCUAAAGGGAAUCGAUUUUUGAUUCCUUCCGUCUCAAAAGCUAAAAAACGAAUCGUAUCUAAGAUCACAAGGAAAUCCUUUUCGUCUCCUCCUUCUGGGUUUUGGAAAAAAGUCUGCUUUUGUGGUUCCAAUACCAAAACGUUGGAGUGGUCAUCUUCUUCCAAUCCUGACCAUAAAGAUGAGAACUUUACUACGCUCAGGGUUCUGCUACAGACCAAUGAUUUCUUCUCCAAGGACUGUAAUCCACAUCUCUCUUUAGUUGUAGCAUGCCUCUCUAUCCUUGUUUGUAAACUCAGCUGAAAGUUCAACCAUUGAGUCUACUGCACAGAAAGCAAAACAGAGGACCCCGAGAUUCUUGCAGUAAGGUAUGUCGAUUGUUUAAAGAAUUUUUGACU